AUGCCAACUCUGUUCCCGACAUGGCCGUUCAUCCUCUUUGCGAUCGUGGAGCCACUCUCCAUGGUCGCCGGUACUCUCGCUCCUAUAAUUGACAGGGAUAACUUCAUCGCCGGCCAAACCUCUCUUGCCCAUCCUCCUACAUUGCCGCACCAUCCCAGCGUUCUCGCGUUGAACUACCAGCUAGCAAAUAUAUAUGGCCUCGUAGGCAUGCUUGCUUUUGGAGUCAUUUACGGUACCUCUGAGAUUCACGUACUGCGCAAUGCCGUCAUUGCCCUAGCAAUUGCAGACGUUGGCCAUCUAUAUGCGACUUACGUCGCAAUGGGCCCGGAUCUGUACUUUGAUGUCGCAUCAUGGUCACCCGUCAGCUGGGGUAAUAUUGGCUUCACAGCAUUCUUGUUUGUGAAUCGCGUCGCCUAUCUCCUGGGAUACUUUGGGUCCAAAACAUCCAAGUCGAGGAAGCAGGAUUAA